GGGAGUGACUAGUGGCUGGGACCGGAGGGGCUGGCGAGGGAAGGGACAGAAUGUCUGUCUGAAGGGAAAGAAUGGCUUAGAAGCCUCUGCCCACUGGACCCCACGCAGGGAGAGGCUCCCGGCAGAGUCCGAGGCUGCCCUGAUGGCUGGGGCUGGAGCAUCCCCUCCCGGGCCCUGAAAGCUCCUGCACCGCCUCGGAGGGGCACCCCAGAAGUUAGCAUCAGUGUGGCGUGGAAGCUCCCAUCUCAACAACAUACCCCAGCUAUGGCUGGCGAUUCUAGGAAUGCCAUGAACCAGGAUAUGGAGAUUGGGGUCACUCCCAGGGACCCUAAGAAGGUUCCCAAGCAGGCCCGCGAUUAUAUCCCCAUCGCCACCGACCGCACGCGCCUGCUGGCAGAGGGCAAGAAGCCCCGGCAGCGCUACAUGGAGAAGAGCGGCAAGUGCAACGUCCACCACGGCAACGUCCAGGAGACCUACCGCUACCUGAGCGACCUCUUCACCACCCUGGUGGACCUCAAGUGGCGCUUCAACCUGCUCGUCUUCACCAUGGUCUACACCGUCACCUGGCUCUUCUUCGGGUUCAUCUGGUGGCUCAUUGCUUACAUCCGGGGUGACCUGGACCACAUCGGGGACCGGGAGUGGAUCCCCUGUGUCGAAAACCUCAGUGGCUUCGUGUCUGCCUUCCUGUUCUCCAUCGAGACCGAGACCACCAUCGGGUACGGCUUCCGGGUGAUCACGGAGAAGUGUCCGGAGGGCAUCAUCCUCCUCCUGGUCCAGGCCAUCCUCGGCUCCAUCGUCAACGCCUUCAUGGUGGGGUGCAUGUUCGUCAAGAUCAGCCAGCCCAAGAAGAGGGCCGAGACCCUCAUGUUCUCCAGCAACGCCGUCAUCUCCCUGCGGGACGAGAAGCUCUGUCUCAUGUUCCGGGUGGGCGACCUUCGCAACUCGCACAUCGUGGAGGCCUCCAUCCGCGCCAAGCUCAUCAAGUCCCGGCAGACCAAGGAGGGGGAGUUCAUCCCGCUGAACCAGACCGACAUCAACGUGGGCUUCGACACGGGGGACGACCGCCUCUUCCUGGUGUCCCCGCUCAUCAUCUCUCACGAGAUCAACGAGAAGAGCCCUUUCUGGGAGAUGUCGCGGGCCCAGCUGAAUCAGGAGGAGUUUGAAAUCGUUGUCAUCCUGGAAGGGAUGGUGGAGGCAACAGGCAUGACUUGCCAAGCACGGAGCUCCUACAUGGAUACGGAGGUGCUCUGGGGGCACCGAUUCACUCCAGUCCUCACCUUGGAAAAGGGCUUCUAUGAGGUGGACUACAACACCUUCCACGACACCUAUGAAACCAACACGCCCAGCUGCUGUGCCAAGGAGCUGGCAGAAGUGAAGCGGGAAGGCCGGCUCCUGCAGUACCUCCCCAGUUCCCCACUGCCGGGAGGCUGUGCUGGAGCAGAGCUGGACGCAGAGGCUGAGCAGGAUGGAGAGGAAGAGCCUGAGGGUCCCAGUGGGUCCUGGGAGACCAGGGGCUCGGUGUGAGGACGGUACUCUCCCCGCGACCUCCCCUCACUGGCUUCUCAUGAGCACAGAUGCUGCAGGGCUGGGGGUCAGCUGAGUGUGCUGGGGGUCAGCCAGGAGCCGUCAGGCUCUGUGGGGAGGAGCAGUAACCCAGUCCUGGCACCUGCCGGCUCUUGCCUGGGCCCCCAUGGCAGGGCUGCUUCUUCUCCCCUGGCCUCUGUCACACUGGCUAAGGGCCAGGCCAGGAGAGGUUGUCCCACAAUGAAACACACAGGUGGCCUCUGUCCUCACACCCUUCUCUCUGCCAACUGGCCCGGAUCACUUUUUUCUUUGGGUUUCACACACCCACUGGCAGCAGCCCUCCAGGGGUGACACCUAGAGAGGGCUGUCGCCCCCUUCCCCUCAUUCUGAUCACCCUGGGGCUUGUUGUGGAUUCAGGGCGGGGAGAUUCUGCCUGCCCAGAAGCUCAAACCCCCGUCCUCGGGGGAGCUCACAGACUUCGGGGUUAAGGUUGAUCCAAGUCUGGCAGCAGUUCCUUGCAAAUCUGUGACCAGUGACCACUUAGUGUGCUACAGAGUGCAAGGCCCUUGCUGGACAAUCCCUGCA